AGAAGACAGGCUCAGGCGUGAGGGGCGUACACCAGCUCGGACCUGGCAUAAUCUCCUGUACCCCUCUUUUCACGCCGGCAGUGCUUCCGCUGUUGCCUCCUGAGCCGCAGCUGACACUGCGUCCCGCAGCCCUCUUUCCGCGCCCGGCGCCCAGCGGGCGGAGCCGCGUCCCCCCUUCUCGCCCGUCCGUCCGCCGUUGCGGCUGCGGCGCCAGCCUCCCGCCCCGCCCGAGCCCUUCCGCGGGCGGCGGGGCCGGGUCACUCCGUCCCGCCCCGUCUCGUCCCUCCCCACCAGCAUGCAGUGGCCGUCGCCGCCUCCAAACUUUCGACGGACCGCGGCGUGCGGCGCCGCUGCCCCAUAGCCAGAUCGGAAAGAGCCGCCCCGGGACAGCCCCAUUGCUUACGCCAGGCUGCUGCAAGGAUGGGACCCCUAGAAGCAGCAGAAGAAAAUCAGACAGAUGAAAUGAAAUUGGAGCUGUUCACCAAGCUGUACUUGUCAAGAUACACCACACCAGUCAACGAAUUGGCUCUGGACCCUAAACCAGAACUGAAAGACAGUACAACACUAGUUGAAGUGCAAAUAAUUCUGAUCUUUGCUUACUGCUCCAUCAUCCUGCUAGGGGUGAUUGGAAACUCUCUUGUGAUUCAUGUGGUCAUCAAGUUCAAAAGCAUGCGCACAGUGACUAACUUCUUUAUUGCCAACCUGGCUGUGGCUGACCUGAUGGUGAAUACAUUAUGUCUACCCUUCACUUUGGUUUACACACUGCUGGGAGAAUGGAAGCUGGGCUCAGUCUUGUGCCACCUGGUGCCUUAUGCCCAGGCUCUUGCUGUGCACGUGUCUACUGUUACUUUGACUGUGAUUGCUUUGGAUCGGCAUCGCUGCAUCGUCUACCACUUGGAAAGCAAAAUCUCUAAGCGAAUCAGCUUCCUGAUUAUAGGAGUUGCCUGGGCAGUCAGUGCCCUGUUGGCAAGUCCUCUGGCCAUCUUCCGUGAGUACUCGCUGAUUGAGAUCAUUCCUGACUUCAAGAUUGUGGUCUGCUCUGAGAAGUGGCCAGGGGAGGGACAACUCAACUAUGGCACCAUCUACAGCAUCUCCAUGCUCCUUAUCCAGUAUGUGCUGCCUCUGACCGUCAUCUCCUAUGCCUACACCCGCAUUUGGACCAAGCUCAAAAACCAUGUUAGUCCUGGGGCAGGGAACGAUCAUUACCACCAUCGGCGUCGGAAAACCACCAAGAUGCUGGUGUGUGUGGUUGUGGUGUUUGCUGUCAGCUGGCUGCCAUUUCAUACUUUCCAGCUAGUCAGUGACAUUGACAGUCAGGUAUUAGACCUGAAAGAGUACAAACUCAUCUACACAGUGUUUCAUGUGAUUGCCAUGUGCUCAACAUUUGCCAACCCUCUUCUCUAUGGCUGGAUGAAUAACAACUACAGGACGGCCUUCCUCACAGCCUUCCAGUGCGAACAGCGGAUGGACUCCAUCCACCCUGAAGUAUCAGCAGCUUUCAAAGCCAGGAAGAAACUAGAAGCAAAAAGGAUUCAAUUCCCAGGAGACUCUUUCACACAACCUACCAAUGUCUAAGAUGUCUGAAUUUAAAGAAGGAAAGAAUAUGUUGUGGACAAAGGGAUAUAUCCCUUUUGACCCAUGUGUUUUUAAUGCACAGUUUUGUUCAUAAAAGGUGAAAGAAAAAAGCAGGAAAGUCAGGCAAGGUUGUGUAAUUUGGCAGUAGUGGAUUGGCAUCAGGAGUAUGUAACUAUACAACUGCUGUCUCUGAGAGGGUAAGAGAUGCUUGCAUCCCUCCUGUUUAUUUCUGAGAAGUCUAAAUGACAAAGACAGAGUUUACUGGCUUUGCUAUAAGAUUUGUGUCACAGCCGAUUUUGUAGCACAGGAGCACUGGUGGUGGGAGCAGAUAAUUUUUACAUUGGAUGUAGGGAUCAGGGAGAGCAGAGAUCUGCCAGGACAAUGAAGCUUGUGGGAGGAGAAUGGGUUGUACUGGUUAAAACUCAGACUUUUCAACCCCCUUCUUUCCCACAGACUUCUUUUUGUGAAGACAAGAGAAUUAAUAAGAGAAAUAUGUUAAUGGGUUUUGGUUUGUACUGAAAUACUUAAACCCAAAGUAUUUGAAAUAAAGUAGGGAAACCUUCCCCCAAAACUACCCAAAAUUUCACCCAAAUGUGGAGAAAGGCCAAGUUUCUAUGUAAAAUGAAAUGUGUGGGUUGAUCAAUAAAAUGUGGUAAAAAAUCAGCUCUUAAGAACUGGCUGUGGUUAUGCUGAUGAGAAAAUCACAAGCCUGUGACCUGAUCAGUCAUUCCCUGCAGAUCCUUACCUUUCAUUCUGCACUGGGGACAGCUCACAAGUGCAGUGCUUUGAAGCGGCAUUUGAGGGCAGGGGAUGCAGGCUUAGGUCUUUAGCAAGCCUUUCAUAAACUGCCAAUAUUUCAAUUUUCAGGACCUGCUUAAAUGUCUAAUGUGUUAUUAGCUCCACAGGUUUUGAAUUGUUGCUGCUUUCUCCAUGGAUAAUAAAACAGCAGAUAAUUUUGAUCCUCUGAAAAGGCUGCUAAAUGGUAAUGUGCUUUUCGUUGUUGUGGUUUUAUGUCACGCACUCAUCUCGUCUUGGAGCUUUUCCCAUCUUUAGCCUUUGAAAAAAUUAAGACCAUCUGAAUGACUGUAACCUAAUAACAGUAUGCUAGGUUUAUGUGAUAACUUAUCAGUUAUUCUGCAUGCUGUAGUUAAUAGUUAAGUUCCUUUUUUUUGCUCAGGUAUGAAAUUUUAAUCUGUUUACUGUGUUGUACACAGCAAUGUUCAACUCUUCUGUGUCUUUAGCCUCUUUGAACUUGUUAAAGAGACUAAGAAAAUUUCAACCCGUGUUUAUUCCAAGCUGUCCUGUUGCUUAUCUAGAAUAAAAAUAAGCAUGGUACUUUC